AUGGCGCCCGCCGCUGUUUCGCCCGUCUCCCCACCCUCACCUACCCUCGAUAAUACUUCCAAGUUGACCAAGGCUGGCACGGCCGCAAUCCUCGAGAAAGCUGCCUCCGAUGGACUUCAGAUUGCCGAACUGGAUGCCUCAAAACUGACUAUCACCCGCAACUUGAACCCCAAGAACGUGCCCAUUGCCAACUCGGCAGAAGUUUGGGCUCAGAACUGCACGACAGACCACAUGCUUACCGCUCGGUGGACCGAGAAAGCUGGAUGGGAAGCACCCGAGAUCCGACCUUAUGGACCACUGUCUAUCAUGCCCACGGCGUCUGUCUUGCAUUAUGCCACCGAGUGCUUUGAAGGAAUGAAAGCGUACAGAGGCGUUGACGGCAAGGUCCGCCUUUUCAGGGCCGACCGCAAUGCUAAGCGAUUCUUGCAGUCGGCAGCUCGAAUUGCACUGCCCAGCUUCUCGCCCGAGGAGUUUGUCAAGCUUUUGAAGAAAUUCGUCGGUGUCGAGGCGGCCAAAUGGAUUGCUGAGCCCGAGUCUUUCAUUUACAUUCGACCUACGAUGAUAGCAACGGCCCCUGCUCUGGGCGUGCAGAAGCCGAAGGAGGCACUGAUGUAUAUUAUCAUGGUCAUGUUUCCCUCUUUGGAUGACCCGAGCUGCAAGCCUCCUUCUAUCCCUGCCCCUCUCAGUGCCCAGCCCGAGUCAAAACCUGCUGCCCCCUCAAAGGGCAUGCGCCUCCUUGCUUCCCGACAUGACAUGAUCCGAGCCUGGCCAGGCGGCUUUGGAAACGCGAAGGUUGGGGCAAACUAUGGCCCCUCGCUCGUCGCACAGGGAGAAGCGCGGGCCCGGGGUUACGAUCAGAUCCUGUGGUUAUUUGGGAACGAAUGCUUCGUCACCGAAGCCGGGGGUUCUAAUUUCUUCGUGCUGUGGGAGAACAAGCAAACCGGACGGAGAGAGCUGGUCACCGCGCCCUUGGGCGAUGGUGUUAUCCUCGAAGGCGUUACGCGCGCCUCCGUGUUGGAUCUCGUCCGAUCCGGCGCGGUCGGCGGCGGCGACGUGGAUGUCAUCGAGAGGAAAUUCACCAUGCAAGAACUCCUCGACGCCCAAAGGGAGGGCAGACUCAUCGAGGCGUUUGGAGCCGGGACGGCUUUCUUCAUUGCCCCCGUGCAGGAUAUCCACUUCCGAGGCACCGAUCUGGUCCUGCCGCUGGGGCAAGAGGCACGGGACGGUGGAAAUGCCAAUGAUGGAGCCGCCUUUGCCCUGGGUGUCAAGAAAGCCCUGAAGGACAUCAUGUACGGCCGCCUUGAGCACGAGUGGGGUGUGGUGGUGGAGGAGGAGGAGGAGAAGGAAGCUGUUUUUGAUGAAUGA